UGGUUUUGUGGAGUUUUUCAUACAUAGAUAGAUAGAUAUGCUAAGCUGUAGAAAUCAGAACACUCAUUCCAUUCUAUACAUAGAAAUAUUUCUUCACAAUGUCUCUCCUUGAUGCUUCUAAUCUUUCAUUUGUAACCAAACGUAGUGAAAAAGAUCGUGAACAAGAAAAGGCUCGUCUCGCCAUCAUUUUCGAUAGAUACAAAGAUAGGCUAACAAUGUUACCAAAAGAGAAAGAUUGGGUGUUCGAAAACCUAUACAUGUACCAAGGCUUUUGGUACAUGUCGAAUGACCUAGUCUCGGUUCAAACUCUAAUUGCGUUGCAAGAAACUUUUGAAGCUCGUCCGACUGAUAUCUAUGUUGUCACAUUGCCAAAAUGUGGAACCACGUGGAUCAAGGCACUCGUUUUUGCGAUAGUGAACAGAAACCGGUACAAAAACAACUCUAAUUCAACUCAUCCUUUACUUAUGGCUAACCCCCAUAACUGUGUGCCUUUCAUUGAAACCGAAUUUUAUAAAAACAAACCCACCUAUGUUGAUGGAUAUUCACCGCGCCUUUUUGGUACUCAUACACCUUACACCUCGUUGCCUCGAUCUAUAAUUGAUUCGGGCUGUCGGAUAGUUUAUAUGUGUAGAAACCCAAAAGAUGUCUUGGUCUCUUUGUUUCAUUUUGUAAACAAGGUGAGAGACAAAUCUCGUGGUCUAAUGACAUUCGAAGAGGCAUUCGAAUUGUUUAGGAAAGGUGCCAUGCCAUAUGGACCGUACUGGGAUCAUGUGAAAGGGUAUUAUGACACAAGCUUAGAACACCCUACAAGGGUUCUUUUUUUAACAUAUGAGGGCUUGAAAACGGAAACCGCAGAUCAUGUGAAACGGCUCGCGAUGUUCUUGGGCUACCCUUUUACAGAGGAAGAAGAAGCUCAAGGUUCGGCUGAAGAGAUUGUGAGGUUAUGUAGUUUCGAAAACUUGAAAGAGGUCGACAAGCAUGGAAGUUUUCAGGGUGUACCAAAUGAGGCUUUCUUUAGAGAAGGUAAAGUUGGAGAUUGGGCUAACCAUCUCAACAAUGACAUGAACAACAUUUUAGACCAAAUCACUAGAGAUAAGUUUCAUGGUUUGGAUAUCUCAUUCUAAUUCUUUGUGUAUCAAUUGUGCUGUAAUCUCAUCCAUUUUCUUGGACUUAAAUAUUAUUACAUAUUUUUUCUUGCA